CGAACACUCACUGGUUCUGCGGCAGGAACCCAACCGCUCACGAAUGUGUGGAAUUGGCGAAAAAGGUAAGACACCCGAAUUUACAGCACUAAUUGUUAGCCAUGUGCCUGGGGGAGUUUUUUCUUCUGUUUUAUUGUUGGCUCACCUUUUGCUUGCGUUUGUGACACUCGGGCAGGGCGCCACGCUAGAGAAAAGGAAGCCUCGCUCCCUCCUUUCUUCAAGCAAGGUUGGCUUGGCUAUGGCAGCGGAGUUGCUGCAUCUGCAUCUGCCUUCACCCCCGGCCUCUGCCUGGUGGUAACGCUGCGCAUUGCGCGCUCUGCGCACCAAACAUGCAAUCUAAUCACAGAUCAAGCAGGCUUUUGAUUUGGCGUUGC